AUGGCUCAAUCGCAAAGUGUAGCACACUAUAUUUCUGAUUCUGAAAAUGACAUUGAUAUGGAAAUUCAACCUUCUGGCAACACAGAAACAGUUAAAAGAAAAAAGCAAAACAGGCGAAAAUGGAUACCAUUAUGUACAUAUAAUGAUAAAGAUGAUAUUAUUAAUAAAAUCAAGAAUGAUGGUAUAUGGAGCAAAACACAUACCAAUAUCACAAGCGAAGGAAAACGGGUUUAUUAUAGAUGUAAUCAAGUCAAAUGGCGUGGAAAACAAUGUCCAGCUGGUAUUCAUCUUUUAUAUCAUAGUGAAAAUGAAUGUAUUACAAUGUACAAAACAGAAGAUGAUCAUUUACAUCAAGAAUCAAGAUCUAUUGGCAUAAACCAACAAUCAAAAGAAGUAAUAUGCGAGUUAUUCAAAAUGAAAAUCAAGCCAAAACACAUGCUAGAAUUAUUAGAAGAGAAAGGUUUACCUGUUCCGAAAAAACAACAAUUAUCGAAUUAUUUAACAUCAUUAAGAGAAAAAUGUUACGGUACUUCAACUAUUAGCUUAGGUGAACUCGAAGCUUGGUGUCAACAAAAUUCAUUUAUACCUGACGAUGAUGAUAAGCCUUGGGUAUUAAAAUAUCAGAUUGAAUAUGAAGAUGAAAUUAAUAAUGACAACGAUGAUGAUAAUGUUAGUAAUGAUGAUGAUGAUAAAAAUAAAUUUCGAUUCUUUGUUACAACUAAAAGAUUAUUAUUUAAUGCAAGUAUUUCAAAUAAAAUCCAUGUUGAUGCCAUUUACAAGUUAAUCUGGCAAGAGUUUCCUUGUUUUAUUAUUGGAACAACUGAUAUGAUCAAACAAUUUCAUCCAUAUGGAUUUGCUGUAUGUUCUAAUGAAAAAGAAAAAGACUUUGAAUUCAUAUUUAGUUGUAUUUGUGAUGGCUUACGUAAUUUAAAUUUGCAGAUGAAUGAACAAGAAUUAGUACUUAUUGCAGAUGGUGCUGAAGCUAUUAGCAAUGCAUUUUCAAAAGUUUUUGGAACAGACCAUAAUAUUGUUAUGUGUUGGUUUCAUAUGCGGAAAUGUGUAGAAAAAAAGUUAAAUUUAGUCGAAGAUAAAGCUUUACAUAAUGAAAUUAUGAAUGAUAUUGAAACAUUACAAUUGUCAAAAAAUAAAAAAACAUUUAACAUUGCUACAAGAUUAUUCUUAAAAAAAUGGGAGAAGCAAGAAAGAUGUAUUCAAUAUCUCUCAAGUGAAUGGUUAGAAUCGAAAAAUGGGUGGUAUGAAGGCUUAUCAAUGUAUGUUCCCAGCACAAAUAAUGCUUUAGAAGCAACAAAUCGUAUGAUUAAAGAUGAAGAUACAUUAAGGGAACGGUUAGUAUUAUCAAGAUUUACAGUUGUUAUAUUUUCUAUAGUCAAUAAAUGGUCCAAAGAACGAAAUCCUACUCUUAUCAAUUCAAAAAUAUUCGAACAUCAACCAUCAAUAACAUUAUCACAUUGGACUGAUGCAUACAAUUGGGUUAAACUUAACAAAGAAGUUAUAUCUAUUUCCAAUGAUGAUACAACAACAUAUUAUUUGCCUGCUGGUGAAGAAAUUACAAUAACAGGUAAAGAAAUAAAGCGUUAUGAAACUUAUUUUUAUUUAUACUCGUCAUGGAGCCACCACAAACUUCUUCGACUUGAUCAACAACUUGCUGAAGUAUAUUCUCAAUCAUCAACGUAUAAAAUAUAUUUAUCUCUUCUUAGAAUAAAUAUAAUUUCUUUUAUUGAUAAUCAUCUGUAA